UCAGUAAGGUUUGUGCUUGGACUGAGUGAUCGAUGUUUCUUCUUUAAAGCAAAUCCAAGAAAGCUUAAAUGGUAGUUACCAAAUUGGUAACCUUGAUGAAACAAUGUUCAACUGUGAAGCAGGCAAAGCAAAUUCAUGCCCACAUAUUGAUCAAUGGUUUUACUUUUCUUCAACCCCUUUUAAUUCAUCACAUGCUUCUUUGGGAUGUCCCUAACUAUAGAACUGUGGCACACUAUGCCUACUCAAUGCUUCACCAUUUGCACAAUCCAGAUUCCUUCUCGUGGGGUUGUGUUAUUCGGUUCUUCUCUCAAAAGGGUCUAUUUACCGAAGCUGUUUCUCUGUAUGUUGAAAUGUGUAGGAUGAGAUUGUAUCCAACUUCACAUGCUAUCUCCUCCGCACUCAAGUCAUGUGCUAGGAUUCAGAACUUGUUGGGAGGUGUAUCAAUUCAUGGGCAAGUUCAUGUGUUUGGAUUUCAUACUUGUGUUUAUGUACAAACAGCCCUUCUUGAUUUGUACUCGAAAAUGGGUGACAUGGUGACUGCUACACACGUGUUUGAUGAAAUGGCUGAGCGAAAUGUGGUUUCUUGGAAUUCUUUGUUAUCUGGCUAUCUAAAAGCAGGUAACUUGGAUGAGGCCCAAGAUUUUUUUUAUCAGAUUCCCAAGAAAGAUGUUAUAUCUUGGAACUCUAUGAUAUCUGGGUAUGUUAAGGCAGGAAAUAUGGAUCAGGCGUGUACUUUGUUUCAAAUAAUGCCAGAGAGAAACCUGGCCUCUUGGAAUGCAAUGAUCACUGGUUUGAUUGAUUGUGGAAGCAUAGUGUCAGCAAGAGAACUUUUUGAUGCAAUGCCCAGGCGAAACUGUGUAUCUUGGAUAACAAUGAUUGCUGGAUAUUCGAAGGGUGGGGAUGUUGAUUCUGCUCGUAACCUCUUUGACCAGAUGGAUCACAAAGAUUUGCUCUCGUAUAAUGCUAUGAUAUCUUGUUAUGCUCAAAAUAGCAAACCCAAGGAAGCCCUUGAACUAUUUAAUGAUAUGGUUAAACCCAACAUCUACAUACAUCCAGAUAAAAUGACUUUUGCUAGUGUUAUAUCAGCUUGUUCUCAAUUGGGGGAUCUGGAACAUUGGUCCUGGAUUGAGUCACGUAUGAAUGACUUUGGAAUUGUUUUGGAUGAUCAUUUGGCUACUGCUUUAAUUGAUUUGUACGCAAAGUGUGGAAGCAUUGGCAUGGCAUACGAGCUAUUCCAUGGCCUGAGAAAGAGGGAUUUGGUUGCAUACUCUGCAAUGAUAUACGGAUGUGGAAUAAAUGGAAAGGCCUCUGAUGCAAUCAAGUUAUUUGAACAGAUGCUUGCUGAAUGUAUUAUUCCUAAUAUAGUCACCUACACUGGACUCCUAACUGCCUAUAAUCAUGCUGGAUUGGUUGAAAAAGGUUACCAGUGCUUUAACUCCAUGAAGAACUAUGGACUCGUGCCUUCAAUUGAUCAUUAUGGAGUCAUGGUUGAUCUCUUAGGGAGGGCAGGAUAUUUGGAUGAAGCAUAUAAGCUUAUAAUAAAUAUGCCAAUGCAACCCAAUGCUGGUGUUUGGGGAGCUUUGCUUCUUGCUUGCAGAUUACACAAUAAUGUGGAUCUUGGGGAAAUAGCUGUUCAGCAUUGCAUUAAACUGGAGAGUGAUACAACUGGUUAUUGUUCUCUUCUUUCUAGCAUAUAUGCUUCUGUUGGAAAAUGGGAUGAUUCCAAGAAGAUGAGAAAGGGUGUGGAAGCAAAGGAAAUCAUCAGGAUACCUGGAUGUAGUUGGACAAGCAACUUAACUGCUCCAUGAUUGGCAGUCUUUGAGGGAUUGAAUAGUAGCAAUGAAGCAGUGACGGGAGGUGACGAGGAACGUGAUUUGGUUACUGACUCAAUGUCAUAAUUUAUCCAUUAUGUUUGAGGAAUUUGAAGCUCAUGGUCUAUAGCCUUCCCUUAACCUUUUGCUCCCCUUCAUUGGCAAUCUAGAAUGCGUUCGGCCUAGACUUAUAACUCAACAUACAGGAAACUUGAAUGACAUACUGGAAAAUGAAGUCAGACACAGAGCAAGCCGAAAGUUGCUGAACGCAUGUGGUGGGUGGGUUUUCUGUAUGGUUUUAGGAUUCAGAGUCAUUUAUCCAAUGCUUCUGGUCCAUUCUUAUCCAUAAGUCCAUCUUUGCUUGUUUAUAUAUACGAUUCUAAAUGCAAUGAGUAGUGUUAAGCAAGCAGAACCUGCGAAAUAUGCAGAUGGGAUUCUGACUGAUAUUUUUAUUGAGGUAAAAACGCUUUAACAUCUAUUGAUAGGUUUUUUUCUUUUGAAUGUUUAAGUCAGUAUUCAGCAGAGGAACACCUAGUCUGCAUGAAAGGAACGAGGAAUAGAAUGUGUACUUGAUGCUGCUAAAAGUGGG